ACAACCCUGUGCAAUUUUUGCUGAGUGCGUCGUAUUUUUUCUUUCUCUUUUAAAGCUAUUGCCUGCGUAAAUCCAUUUCCUGAGUAAACAACCUACUCGUUAACGGACGCAUCGACAUUUCCCAAAGUUUCAUUGGUCUGCUAGACUCACCGGCUUUUCUCUGCACUCCACAAUGGAUUUGGUCUGGAGCCUGUGCUUCGUAGGGAGUCUCUGCGCUUGGCUUGCAUCUGCAGAAAGGCACAGUGUAUAUUGGAAUAGAACAAACACCAAGUUCCUAUGGGACGACUAUGCGGUGGAGGUGCGUCUGAACGACUACCUGGACAUCGUGUGCCCCCACUACCCGCUGGGCGAGGUGGCAUCGCAGGAUGCUGAGCGCUACGUGCUCUACAUGGUGGAGCGGGAGGACUACGACGCUUGCAAGCCUCAGUCCUACGACCAGAUGCGCUGGGAGUGCGGCCACCCCUUCGCCCCCCACGCUGCUGAGAAGUUCUCCGAGAAGUUUCAGCGUUUCACCCCCUUCACCUUGGGCAAGGAGUUCCGCCAGGGAGAGAGCUACUACUAUAUCUCCAAACCUCUGCACCACCACGGACAGGAGUGCCUCAGGCUCAGGGUAGACGUCAUAGCUGCUGAUGGAUCUCAAGAGGCCAGGGUUUCAACUGGAAGAGCUGCAGCUGGGGGUGGAGCACACAAUGUCUCCAACAGACUGCCUGCAGAUGACCCAGUGGUAAUCCUUCCAGAUGUCCAGAAAAGCGUGCGGACAAAUUCAGCGGUUUCGACAGCAUCCUUCUCUAUUCUCUCAUUGAUGGUGCCAGUCUUAUCAUUGCUGUCGUUACAGUGAGACUGAAAGAACUACAGAUCCUAUAGACUUGGAGGGACUACAAUGAAGUUGGUCUGUGGGGAACCACAGAUGCAAGACAGUUCUCAAAGCCCAA